GGGGUUAGACCGGGAGAUCUCGAAAUCUAGAGCAACCAAAGGCGACGGGAGACGUCCUGGAAAAUUGUGCCUACGUUGGCAUGGUUUGGGUAGACUAGAGUGCCAUCCGUCUUGCUCUUGCUCAUGUUCCCUUUUUCUCCCCUCCCCUCCGGUUGGGCUUCCUUUGACCCUUACCUCAUCAGCCAUCACUCUCUCUGCCCACGGGCAAUGGCAGCUCAGUAGCUAGCUCACUCACUGUGACACUGUUCAGCGUUCGCCUUCUCGAGCCAGGCCGCAGCUUCGAAAGCUCAAGUGGUUCUUGCUAUAAGUAGGCGUCGCCAUCCUCUCUUUUAUUCCACACGCCGGAAUCGCAGGCGUGAGUGAAUGAGCGAGCGAGCACGAGCACGAACACACGCCCACGCCCACGCGCUCGCCGCUGCUCUAGACAGCCAGGUUCUUCGGCCAUGAGGCCGGCAUCAUCAGCCGCGCGCGCCUUCCUCACGGGCGCCGUGUUCUUGCUCGCCCUUCUCGGCCUGAUCCACCAAGCCGCCUGCCUCCGAAGCCUGCAGCCUCCCACUCCUCUGCAGGGCGGCGGCGGGGCGGCGGCUGCGGGGGAGGAGAAGGUGCGGCUGGGGUCGAGCCCGCCGAGCUGCCGCGGCAAGUGCUACGAGUGCAGCCCGUGCACGGCCGUGCAGGUGCCCACGCUGUCGACGGGGCCGUCCGGGCCGUCGUCCGCCGCCGCCGCGCGGCCGCGGACCCGCCGGGCGCGCGGCGCGGACGACGAGGUCGCCACGCUCUCCAACUACAAGCCCGUCGGGUGGAAGUGCCAGUGCCGCGACCGCCUGUACGAGCCCUGACCGACGACGACGACCCGCGCGCGCGGCUGCAAUGGCCGGCCGGCCGCGGACGGUGCGUCAGGCCAGGAUUCAAACAGAGAUCGACCCCGUGAUCGUGACACGGUAAAAAAAAAUCAUUGUAUCCGACGAGGAAUUUUGCACGUCCUCCGUCGAUCGCCCGUGCGUCGGCGGCGCUCCCACCCACGCAGCGAGAUUUUCCCAGGGUUCACUCUCCUUCCUCUUUCGCUUGUUCUCUCUUCGUUGUCUUUAGAAUCUAGCGGUCGGGGGUUUCAUCAUGUACACAUGUCGGGUAGUAUGUGUGCCGGUGCGCGUGGUCCAGGGGAUCAUCAAUAGCCCUGAGGAAGUGAAUAGUAAUGGCAUUCAUUGUGCCCGCAGCGCACUGCUCACACAAGUUAGCAGCUUUGUUUUCCCUAACGCUGCUUGAUCUUCUAACGCUGUAGUAUCACGUUUUUUUUAAGUA